UAAGGAACAGUAAGAACAGCAAAGCGCCCAAGGUAGGGCCUAAGUAGCACUCACUUAGACAUUAAUUCCACAAUCGUGUAAAUUUACGUGGUAUCUUCCAUAAAAACAUGCGCGACGUGCUAUCUAUUGAUAAAUGUAAUGAAAAUUAAUUGAUAAGCAGCAAGAAUCAUCGCUCUCCAACGAAAAACGUUGCAGUUUUGAUUUCAGUCAGUCCCCUUCGUGUCGUACAGGUCGAUUGUGCUUUUACCUGGAUUUGGUGUUCAACUAAUUUCAAUUCACGAGUGCAAUUGCUCAAAAAUGAACAUUUCGAAUUCGUAAUAAUCCACAAAUUAGCAUACAAGUUACCCCUGGUAGUGAGAAGUGUUGUUCCAUUGUGAAGUGCUCCAUUGUUUCCAUUACUCGUGAUAUUGUAUUUUCCAAGAAACUCGUGCAAACAAAAAUUGAGCUACUUCCGUGGCUUAUCAUCGCGAAUUGGGGUGUGCUAGUGGAUUAAGUGAUUUCAAAGCGAUUAGAAAUAAUUUGCAAAAGAAAACAUAAAUUAAAAUCAAUUCCAGCAAUUCAAUCAACUUGCGUAGAUAGAAUUGAAUGAUAAUGGCGUAAACGUUGUGUCACUAUAAAAUGGAUUUGGUUAUUCGAAGGAGGUCUGAACAAUUUCAGGCCAAAUUCGAAAACACAAGCAGUAACGUUUUCUAUGAUCGGAAAUGGGAAUGGGGAUUCCUCAGGAAACAAUGCAGGAACCUGGAACUGGAACAGUUUUACGUAACAUACACACAAAGACUGCAAAGAAGCUAUUUAUCAAUAUUUAUAGUCGUACAAGCUGUAGUGGGGAUAACGCAUUCAGUAUUAUUGUUAGCAGCUGCAAAGGACACGUUGAAGAUAUUUCCGGAAGUUUUAGGAUACCUGACAUCGAUUCUCAUAGUAUGGGCGUCAUUGUUCAUUACAUUUCGCGAGGACUUCAUCAAACGCAGGCAAUGGGUUGCAUACAUUGCAUCAUUCGUUGCAAUCAUUACUCUAGUGUUAGCAGAUCUCCUUGUUCCCUUAUAUCAGGCCACUGUAAAUUAUCCUCGACCAGCAUUAAGGCCUGCUUAUGGCAGCUAUAUUUUAUAUGCCGUCUAUAUUUUCAUUCCAAUCACCGAAAAUCUACAUGCAUUUUUGCUGGGAAUGGCGGUAACGGCAUGUUAUCUUAUCGAGUUUGUGAUGGUAACAUACAGACUUGAUAAUGAUAUCGUGUUAAAAACAAUUACGGAAGCAAUUUUCUUCUUGUGCAUCAAUUUCUUCGGUAAUUACUUUCGCUACAUGAAGGAGAUAGACAUCAGAACAACGUUCUUGGAUCGGCGUGAAUGUGUGGAAGAGAAUUUACUGUUGCGUUACGCGAGAGAUCAAGAGCAAAGUCUUUUGCUGAGCAUUCUGCCCGCUCAUACGGCUGAAAGGUUGGAAAAGGACAUUCGUGAGAUGAUUGAGAAAAUAAAAGAAGAAAAGGCCAGACUCGAUUACGCGACAAUAAUUCCGAAGAACGACGAAUACUUAAAUGGUGGGACAGUCAAAAAGUGGAGGAGACAACCGGCAACGAAGCUAUACGUUGAAGAGCAUAACGAAGUGUCAGUAUUGUACGCAGAUGUCGUCAAUUAUACUUACAUGACAACGCAGUUGGACGUCAAACCCUUGGUUGAAACACUUCAUGAGCUUUUUGUGAAAUUUGAUCAAGCGUCCGAGGAAUACAACGUCUUACGAAUAAAGUUUUUGGGAGACUGCUAUUACUGUGUCUCUGGUGUUCCUAAUCCGAAUGAUCAUCAUGCUAAAAGCUGCGUGGAUUUAGGAUUGAGAAUGAUCAGAGAUAUUCGAGAAGUACGGAAUCGCCGUAAGUUGGAUAUAGACAUGCGGAUAGGAGUCCAUUCAGGAAGUAUCAUAUCUGGAGUGAUCGGAGCUUGCAAAUGGCAGUACGACAUUUGGUCUAGGGAUGUUGAUAUUGCCAAUAGAUUAGAACAAACAGGAGAAGCUGGACGGGUUCAUAUUACUGGGCAGACUCUAGCCUUGCUGGAUGGUGCCUAUAUGUACGAAGAAGGCACACAGAAAGCAAAAGAGGAUGAGGUCCUUAUAAAAUAUGGAAUCAAAACUUACUUAAUCAAGUCACAUCCGUAUAUUGAAAGGUGUUAUUCGGAGGAAGGGCAUCGGCAGUCUGUUGGAGUUAAACGCAAAUUAGAAAUGGGGAAGAGAAAAACACCAAUUGAUGUAGGAACUCAUAAAAAUUUCAUGCAAAACACAAUUGAACAGUAUAACCAAAUUAGAACCCAGACCAAAUUAGAAAUGAGCCGCGAACUGGAUAAAAUGCCAAUUGGAAAAUUUCACUUGAAUAAGUUGUGCCUCGGGACCCCAAAACGUCUAACACAGGACGAGCUUGAGGAACAGAACUUCCGUAGCAAUGUGUCUACGUUAUUUCUGUUUUUCAAAAACUGGCAAUGGGAACUUCUGUUCCUUGUCGAGCCCGAUGUCAUGCUAAAAUACAGUAGUUUAAUUGGCUUAGCAACAUUCCUAGGAAUUUUUGCUAUGCAAAGUAUAAAUGUAUUGUUACCGAAUUUUAGCGAAGGACGAUUCUUUUGGGUCGUGAAUGCAUUGGUUGGAGUAUUUCUCAUGCUAUUCAUUCCGUUGACGUGGUUCAAAAAACUGUGGAUCAUAUUCAAUCCGCCCACCGAAGACGACGUUGAUGAUUGCGGGUUUCCCAGAAAUCGAUUUUUGCGGUUUUUGUACGAAGCCUCACAUCGUAUUAUGCGGAGUAUUCUCAGCAGGACGGUUAUAUAUUUAACAAUCGUUGCUACGUUGUGUGUUACAACGUUGUUGCAUUUGAUAGAGUGUGAAAGAUUCAAUGAACCGGAUCAUUCAAACGAGGAAUUGUUUACCCCAACUAAUGCUACUACGGAAGCCUAUCCGGUGUUAUGUUUCAAUUCUUGGGCAAUAACGGAAAGUUUGGUGCUAACCAUCGCAAUGAGCUUCCUCUUUGUUCGAAUUCCUUUCUUAUUCAAGUUCCUGGUUGGGUUUGUGAUUGUGGCAGUAUAUUCGUGGUUGGUUUUCGAUAAGUAUCCGUACGUUUACGAUUUGAGCGCGAGCACUAACUUGGGACUGGAGGCCAAAUAUGCCCACAUAUUCACGAUACUUAUAACAUUUGGAAUAUUCCAUUUGGUCGAUCGUCAGACGGAGUACCUAGCGAAAGUAGAUUACAACUGGAAACGUCAACUUCAAAAGAAGCAAGAAGACGCUGAAUUUACGAAUGAGACUAUCAAAGUCCUAGUACAGAAUAUUCUGCCUGGCCACGUAGCUGACAUUUACAUGAGCCGUAAAAUGAAGGAUGAACUUUACUACGAAAAGUACGAUAACGUCGCGAUAAUGUUUGCAACAAUCAAAAAUUAUGAUAUGGAACAAGUUGGUCUUAGUGUCCUCAACAGAAUCAUAUGCGACUUUGAUGAAGUUCUCAUGUCUCAUACGGGCCCUCUCAAAAUCGAAAAGAUUAAAGUAGCUGGCUGGACAUAUAUGGUUGCCUGUGGAUUAGAUCCUGGUCGCUGCGACUCGACCACUUCGCUCACUGGUUUCAGAAACACUACCACGCAAAGAUCUUCCGCUUUACUACCCACUGGUCGAAGGAGUAUGCAUAAUGGACUUUCAGUUCGAAAUAAAAGACUUAGUCUGAAUUUGACACCAACUGUAAAUAAGCCUGAAAGCGAAAGAAUACGUAAGCAGAGCUCAAGGCAAUCGCAUAAUGUAGUCUAUGUCCUUACUGAGUUCGCUUUGGAGUUGAUGAAGGCAUUGCAAACUUUCAAUAGAGAAAAUUUCCAGUUUGAAAAUGUGCGCGGUGAAAAGAACCACAAUGGAAUGUUGAGAGUUGGAAUAUCUCAUGGGGAAAUAAUGGCGGGUGUUGUAGGAUCUAGUAAACCGCUCUACGAUGUUUGGGGCAACGCUGUGAACAUGGCAUCUAGGAUGGAUUCAACUGGAAUCCCAGGAAAAAUCCAGAUCACCGAGGAAACUGCUGAGGUUUUAAAAGGUUUCGGCAUAUCUUGUGAUUAUAGAGGGUUGACGUAUGUCAAGGGAAAGGACUACAUACCGACCUACUUUGUUGGUAUUGACGAUAAUUUUAACUUUAUUCGAGAAACACCACCGUCAACAGCGGGCAUACAAGAGUUUGGCAAAAACGAUAUUUUGUUAAGCACAAGGCUAUAGGAAUAAUUUAGUUUUAAGUAUUUAACAUUU